CUUCAACCACUGGUUUGAUGGCAUGGCGCUUAUGCACCAAUUCCACAUUGAGGAUGGAAAGGUGACAUACAUGAGCCGCUUCCUCAACAGUGAUUGCUACAAGGCAAACCUAGAGCAUAACCGGAUUAUGGUGUCUGAAUUUGGCACAGUUGCGAUGCCAGACCCAUGCAAGAACUUCUUCCAACGCUUCCUCUCGCGGUUUGAGCUGCCAAGUGAGUGUGACAUCUUUGAGCCAACUGACAAUGCAAAUGUAAGCUUUGUUCAGUAUAAAGGAGACUACUAUGUCAGCACAGAGACCAACUUCAUGCACAAAAUUGAUCCACAGACACUUGAAACAAAAGAAAAGGUGGACUGGAGUAAAUUCAUUGCAGUUAAUGGGGCCACAGCUCAUCCCCAUGUGGAUCCUGAUGGAACUACAUACAACAUGGGCAAUUCUUACACUCCAAAAGGUGCUUUCUAUAAUAUAAUAAAGGUGCCGUCAAAUAAGGUGAGCCCAAAGGAUACCUUGGAAGGAGCCACAGUUGUGUGCUCAAUCCCCUCAGAGGACAAGUCCAAACCAUCCUACUAUCACAGUUUUGCCAUGUCAGAGAACUAUGUGGUAUUCAUCGAGCAGCCAAUCAAAAUGGAUCUCUUGAAGAUUGUGACAAGUAAACUGCGUGGAAAGGGGAUUAAUGAUGGUGUAUACUGGGACCCCAAACAAAACACAGUUUUCCAUGUAAUCAAUAAGCACACAGGAAAGCUGAGCCUUGUCAAAUAUUACGCAAAGCCACUGUCAACCUUCCAUCAGAUAAACUGUUAUGAAGAAAAUGGCUUCCUGGUCAUGGACAUGUGCUGUUCUGAUGAUGGCCAAGCAAUUAACAACUACAUGAUUCAGAAUCUUAAAAAGUCUGGGAAUGCUCUAGAUGAGGUAUACAACACAAUGUGCAGAGUGUUCCCCUGCCGCUUUGUCCUGCCACUGAACGUGGACAACGACAUACCCUGUGGGCAAAAUCUCAACACGCGCUUAAAUAGCACCGCGACAGCCAUCAAGACAGACAAGAACAAGGUGUUUUGCACACAUGAAGAUCUCCAUGGUGAUGAUCUCAAUGAAUAUGGAGGUCUGGAAUUCCCACACAUCAACUAUUCAAUGUGCAAUUCUCACCCCUACCGUUACUUCUACGGAUGUGGCUUCAGACACCUGGUUGGAGACUCUCUCAUUAAAAUGGACCUUCAAGGCAAACAAAUAAAGGUGUGGAAACAUACAGGCAUGUUUCCCUCAGAACCAAUCUUUGUCUCUUCACCUGGUGCUGUAGAAGAGGAUGAUGGUGUCAUUCUGUCUGUGGUCAUCACCCCUAAUCAGGACAAGAGCACCUUCCUUCUGGUGCUGGAUGCAAAAACAUUUGAAGAAUUGGGCCGUGCUGAAGUACCUAUCAACAUUCCAUAUGGAUUCCAUGGGACUUUCCAAGAUAGACACUGAAAGACACUUUUAAAAAGCCCAAAUGUUUUGGAAGAUGAUCAUGCAGUCUCUGAAUUAACCUGCUCUUAUUUUUACUUUUCUACUUGUAUUGUUUUCUCCCUUGAGUUACACACUUGAACUUGUAUUAUAUAAAUUGUCAGUCACUUUGAAUAAAAGUGUCUGCUAAAAGAAUAAGAAUUUAUUCAAAUAACAAAUUCUUGUAUGUAUCAGCAAAUUGUUUUUAGGAUUGUCACCACAUAACUUUAUUUCAGCAUAACACCUAAAGUAUUUUUCUAAUUUUAUAAAGUACAAUUAUUAACUUCUGAAGUAUAAUAUGAACAUGUAUAAUCAACGUUUUAACAAUGUCUUAUACAUAGAUGCUUGUAGAGCAAAUUAAAUGCAUUAUAAAUCACAUAACACCACAGAA